CCCAUUCAUCACCAUGUCAGAAGUUGAGGAGACCAUUCGCCGUUUGUCAUCAAAAAAGAAUGUCGAAGGCGUAGUUGUUGUAAAUCAGCUUGGUUUAAUGAUUCGCUCCACAUUGGAUGCCACGCUCGCCAAGCAGUAUGCCUCAUUAAUGACCGAGCUUGUUCGAAUGGCUAAAGACUCAGUGACCCAGUUGGAUGCACAGAACGAACUGACUUUUCUUAGGAUAAGAACCAAGAAGCAUGAAAUCAUGAUUUGCCCUGAACGCGAUUAUUUGAUGAUUGUGAUUCAGAUACCCGAAAGUUCAUAGUGCCCAGAAAACGUUUUUUUAAAGUUUACAAUGAACAAUGUUGUCAAUGAACAACUCUCCUUCCUCCGAAAGGAGAAUUGUAAACCUGCUCGUGACUUGACGAUAAAAUUGAUCACCGGAAGUCGCAACUCUUGCACUAAAAGCAGCUUUGAACAAGGGCGUUUUUUUUCAAAGAUGUUUGUUGAGCCACUUCG